AUUUCUGUAAUCAUUGUCAUUCCUUAGCUAACAAGGCAACCCAAAAACUGAUAAGUAUUCUGUAAUUUUUCCAAAAAUCAUGGCUCAAUACUGUGCCCGAAAGGGACCCGUGGUGUUCUCCAAGCUGGGAAGAUGGGCAUACAACUUGUCCGGAUUCAAUAAGUACGGAUUGUACCGUGAUGACUGUCUGCACGAAAAUGCGGAUGUGCAGGAGGCAGUGCGUCGCCUGCCACGUGAUCUGUACGAUGAACGCAACUAUCGCAUUAUGAGAGCUCUCCAUCUCUCAAUGACCAAGACAAUCCUGCCCGAGGAAGAGUGGACCAAGUACGAGGAUGAUGUCAAGUACCUAGAACCCUAUCUAAACGAAGUGAUCAAAGAGCGCUUGGAGCGUGAGGAGUGGGGCAAGUAAUCUCCAGAAAAUCUUAUCAAAUUCUAAUGAGAAGAAGCUCUUUAUGACACGAGACGUAUCUUAUUUCCCGGAAUAAUUAUAUAUACAUUAUAAUAAUUGGUUAACUAACCAAUAACUACGUAUCCUCAUCACUUAAAUCCCGUUUCCUGGAAUUGGCAUUCAUUUUAAAAUUCCGUAGAUGUCAACGCAAAUAAUUUUCGCAUUAAGAGCGUACGAAUAAAUACAAUAUAUGUAUGAAAUACA